GCUAAUGGGCUGUGCAAGGCUUUUACGUUGAUUGUUAAAUUUUAAUCGUAAAUCGAUUAAAAUAAACAAACCAGUGGUGAAAUGUCGGAAACAAUAUUAAAUAAUGUUUUGUCUGGAAAGUUAAGCUGUGAUCUGAUGAUAAAAUGGCUUAAUUAUGACUCUAUUGAGGGUGCACCGGAUGACUGUGUAUUAUAUUGUUGUGAUAGAAAUGAAUUUGUGUCUUAUUUUUUAUCCUAUUUAAGGAGUCAAACUGAUAACAUUUUAGCUACAAACAGUAAUGCCUCACAACUAUCUCAAAGCACUCCAGACAAGUUGAAUCAACGUAAACACACCCGUUCCAUCAGUGACCCUACUUAUGAAAAUGACCGCUCGAAUGACAUUCUAACAGUCAAAUCGGCUCAUAGAACCCAAGAGUCACCAAACAAAGAUAAAAAAAAGCCAGGCAGAAGAGUCAAAACUAAGCUGUUUACAGAUGAGAAUAAAGACAAUUCAGUAUCUUCUGAUGACUCCAGAAUUAGUACAGGUGUUGAGAGGCUAAUUAUAUCAAGCACACCAUUGAAGAAUGGCUACAGAGAUGCUAACUUUGCUACAAGCCCUUUAACUCCAACACAUAUUAGUAGCCAUGAUCGUUGUGACACUCCUAGAUUAAAUCGCCAUUCAAAGUCACAAGAGAAGAGUUUUAGUCUCGGUGAUUUUAUAGUCAAUCAGCCAAAGAGUGUGAAAAAGAAACGUACAAAGAACACAUCAAAUGAAGGAGAAGAAAAAGUUGAUUUAGAUCUAAGUAAUUCGGAGAUCUUUCCUGAAAUAGGAGCUAGAAAGGCCAGUUCAUUGAAAUCUGAUAGACGAAGAAUUAAUCCUACUAAUAUUAAUAAAAUUGUUGGUCAGAAAAGUCAGUCACUUAAUAACUUUACUACAGACUUACAACAGCCAUCUUUGGGCUUGGAAGAAAACCUUGCAUUUACUCCAAAAGUUUCAAAGGAGCCUUCAAAUAAUUAUGAAGCAGAGAGAAAUAUAUUGAGGCAUGAACGCCAUAGAUUGAUGGAGAAAUUUAACAUAUUGAACACAAAUACAUCUCAAAAACUAUGUGCUUCACCCCAAAUAACCAACCUUUUACAACGACAUUCCUUUGAAUUACCAAUAUACAUAGACGCAGAACCCAACAAAGUUGUUUUCAAAGAAAAACUUGACUCUUUAAUAGAAAUCUAUGAUAUUUUACUGAAAAACAAUUUAAUUUUAAGUAUCAAUACCGAAAUUUAUUUUCUUAUCACAAUACUUUUGUCAAAACAAACGCAAGAAGAUUAUUCAAAAAAUGAUUGUCAAAGUGAAAGUAACCUUUUGAAGACCAUACAUAACUGUACAUACUUCGCUGUGAAAUCUUUUUGGUAUUUACGAACAAUUUUAGAUGUUAUUUUAGAUAAAAACUCUUUGAAGUCAUUAGGUGAGAAUAAGAAAGUUAGGAAUUUCUUCCCUGAUUUAGCAAAAUUCUUGCUGAACUCCUAUGGAUUGAAGCGUGAAGCUGAUAGGAAAAAUGAUAAAAAGUCAUCACAAGAUAGUAGAUUCUCCAACGGCAUUGUAUGUUUUAACAUGGAAACGGAUAAUGCUGACAAUUUUCCAUCGCUACUCAGUUUUCAGAAUUUCAAAAAACAGAGGGAUAUGUUUUAUGAGAUAUUACGAUGGUACCAAGACAGUGCAAGUAUAAAGUCUAGUUUUCGCAGCCGUAUCAAGGCCCUACUAUCAACAGGACCCUGCGCGGCGAAUCACGCUCACCUCGCUGCACUUUUCGUACAUUUGCUGAUCGAUUCGCUACCACCAGACAGACAGGAGACGAAACUUAGCAAGUUACAAAGAAGGUUAACCUGUCGUCCUGAACCGGAAUCACACAGGCUGCCAAACUUUACUAACAAGGAGCUGUUCUUCAAAGAAUUCAUUAUGUUUGCCGAAAGUGAAUCAUUUCGAGUACAUCUGCGGGACACGUUAGCUACUGAAAUUAUCGCGCUUAACAAUACUCAUAUUGGUAACGAGACAUCAAACAGUGCGGAAAUGUCUGGAGAGUUCUUGCAUCUGUCCAAGAAGCUGGCACUCCUGGCUAAGUUCCUGGGCUACUUGACUUCGUUGCCCUACGUGCAGGUGCCCAUGGACACUGUGAUGAAAUCAGGAGCAAUGUCCAAACUGAACAGCAUGGAGGGUAUCUACAGCGAGCCCAAAGAGAAGGUCUUGGAGAAUAAUAUAGCUAUGAGGAAUUAUAGUCGACCGUCAAUCGAUCUUAUAGGUAUUUUGACGACAGCCAAAGAAAAUGGCCGACUCUGUAUAACAAUACCUUGGAUAGUACACUAUUUAUCAAUGCUAGACUAUACUACACUACGGCUAAAUUACUACCAGAAACUACUUAAAAUGCUACAACAAAUAUACACAGAUAAGUUGAAACUGACAGACGAAUAUUUCAAAAAGAACACGAUUGUGUAUUUGAAGACUACCCUCGGUUGGUUUUUCGAUCUACCCCACUCGCCGCGUGAAAUGAUAUGCGAGAAAUCGAUUAUCGAGCAUCGAGUUGACGGCGAAUUUAUCGAUUGCUGCGAACUCAUCGAUGAAUCGAUUCUUAUUGAGCUGUGCCCGUUCCUAAAGGAUAUCAAUGUAAUGCUCGCCUCUAAAGUUUCGAAAGAGAAACUUGCGGGUAGUUUUAGACAUAUAACGCCUGUCAGUUUGAGUUUGAACUCUGAGGAUCGUAUACGGAAUAAAGAGAGGGAGUUACAGGCAAGAUUAGAAGAAGAGCUACUAAAAUCGCAACCAUCUUCGACCAGACGCGUCCUAGAGCUUGUAAUAGACAGAGUAACGUCGAGAGCGAUAAAGGAAUUAACAAGCAAAGCUCUGGUCGAAGCCAGAAUACGCGCGAGGGAACAGGCAACUGUUCUGGUCUCCAGUGCCAAGGACAAGUCUACCCUCGUACAGUCUUUAGAAACAAUAUACGCGGAACAGUUGGAAGCUCUCCGAUCGCAAUCGUUGGAGGAGUCCCGAGUGUUGAUAAGCGGUCGCGUCUCAGCCGCGCUCACCGCCCUAUUGCCGUCCGCUUCAGCGCCCGCGCCCGCUCCGCUCAACGCUAUAGCUAAUAUUGCGGCAAAAGCCUGCAAUGCGAAACUUGCAAAAUGGAUGAACGAACAUUGGAAUACUACAGCUGUGCUACACAAGAAUUUGAAAAUGGAAUUGAGCACACUGCUCACGCUUGAAGAGACCAGUACACCACCUACUGCGCAACCGGUGACUCAGGAGCAGACUUGCUUUGAGAGUCCAGCAUUUGCUAUCAUAACUUUGAAGGAGCACGUUUGCCAGCUGCUAGACGGUGAUGAUCCAGAAAAUACACAGAGUACGCUCGAAGUCUGUGUACGAGUUUGUUCGGCUAGCAGUGCGGUGUGCCGCCCGCCUACUCUCAAGGUCAUCCUCCAACUUUCUGUGGACUAUAUCGUAGUGUUCGUCAGUCGCAAGCCAACCGAAGUUACAGACGAACUACUAAACAAUCUGCACAACAUUUGGAACCUAUGCUGUCCGGACAGAAAACCGCAGUUUCUGGAUGUAUCAGUACCAGAACGUAGACACAGCUUAUCGCCAACAUUCAGGGACUUCGACGAACGAGCCCCAACCCCCAUAUCGGAUGAUGAAGGAGGGCCCCCUGCCAAGAUAGUCUACGCGACGGACAUAGCGCCAGUGUUGUGUACAUGUGAAGUGACUGGUAAUGAAGCUGUGAGUGAAGUGACGGGGGCAGGUAAAAGUGAAGUGGGUUCAAACGGAAGCGAUAAGAAUAGUUUAAUGGAAAAUAAAGACAGCCCAAGAGACUUCGAUAGUGAAUCCAACCUUCAAUACUUCGACCGAAUACUGUGUCCCAGAAACAUUGUGUUGCUGAGCAAAUCCCCGUGCAAGGCGAGCGAUGUAUGGCAAUCACUUGCUAACGUCAUCGUGUUUAUGUUGAACAACUGGUACCUGAGCGAAGACUCCUUGACUGAGCAGUGCCUGGCGGUCUACCGGCAGGAUUGGCCUCAGAACAUUCUUGAAAACCUUUCUACUUGCAUGAAGGCGGUAUCUUCGAAAUGGAGUCGAAAUUCUACUGGAAAGUUCACACUGUUCUUGGAUUUCCUCGCUGACUACUGCGAGAAUAUGGACUUUGAGCCACUGGAAGAGUGACAUGUGAGCUACUGAAUAGAUACAAGUAGAAUUUAAUGUACCUACUGGUAGCACAGAUAUAUGCUUUUGUGAUUUAUAUGAGGAUUAAUAUUAUUGAGGGUAGAUAGAUAUGUAUGCAGUUGAAGAUUAUUUCAAUAAAAGCUUUUUUUAUAUAAAUAUUAUGUUGUAACUAAAAUAACUAAAAGGAUGGUAUAAAGACGAAGUACUGAUUAAUGACUUAUGAUGACAACGCGACACCAAACAAAUAAAUCGUGAUGAAUGAAACGAAUCUACCGACGGUGCAGUAGGUAGAGAGACGCAGAAUACUUUUGCAUUGCAACUCUAGCGAAAUGCGAAACUCGCCCGAAAUAUAAGACGGAGAUGCCAUUGCAUGAAAAGUAGGAGAUAGAGCGAGACAGAAGUAUUUAUACCUUUAGUGCGCAGUGAAUUUUUAGACAGAGACGCAGAUACGGAAAUAGUACAAGAAGGACCGAGAUGGAAGUAUUUAUACGUCUUUAGUGCGUGGUGAAAUUUUAGACAGAGACGCAGGUACAGAAAAAGUACCAGACAGAGCGAGACGGAGGUAUUAAUAUGCCUUAAGUAAAUAGUGACACUUUAGACAGAGACGCAGAUACUGAAAUAGUGAAAGAAAGACCGAGACAGAAGUAUUUAUACGUAUUUAGUGCGUAGUGAAAUUUUAGACAGAGACGCAGAUACAGAAAAGGUACCAGACAGAGCGAGACGGAGGUAUUAAUAUGCCUUAAGUGCGUAAUGAAACUUUAGACAGAGACGCAUAUACAGAAAUAGUACAAGAAAGACCGACACGGAAGUAUUUAUACGUCUUUAGUGCGUAGUGAAAUUUUAGACAGAGAUACAGAAAAAGUACCGGACAGAGUGAGACGGAGGUAUUUAUACGCCUUAAGUACGUAUUGAAACUUAAGACAGAGACGAAGAUACAGGAACAGUACCAGACAGUAAGAGAUGGAUGUAUUUGAAAGCCCUAAUAAUGAUACUUAUAUGUGGCGUAACAUAUUAGACUGAGACGCAGGAGCUGUACGAAGCAGAGUGAUAAUUAUUUAUUUAUACGCAUUUCCCUCGAAACGUCCCCUUUAUAGCGAAAUAAUAAUAAGAUAUAGGCAUUUUAACAGACAGAGCGAGGUGGAAGUGUUUGUAGGGCUUUUCUACGAAAUUAUAGACAGAGACGCACGCAUUAAUAGUACAAGACAGAGUGAGAAAGAAUUUUGUACACGCCCUUAUAACGACACUAUAUAGAGACACAUAUAUGAAUACAGACGCGGAUAUACAUAUAUAUAUAACGAAGGACAGACGCAUAAUAUAUUAAUAAAUAUUACAGCAUUAAAUUUUCUGCAAUAUUAUAUAUUAUAUAAUAUAAAACCUAUGGUAUUUAGCUUUUAAUUAUUUUAAGAGUUUUUUUUUAAUUCUUCUUUACAAAUAUUGCCAGAUCUUAUGACAUGAAAAUAAUUAUAUUUAAGGAGUUAUUGUAUAAGACAUUAGGGGGGUUCCGGAGGACCUAUUGGUCCCAUAUUAGUAGACACAAUUAGGGUCCCAAUUUGACCCUCGCUAUAAAGUGCUUAUGUAAUUAACUGCCAAUUAUAUACUAAGCUCAAUAAGUUAUAUAAACAUAUACACUAUUUAA